AUGUUUCUCUUCAAAUCGGAUGUUCUUCCCCUGACUUUUGUCUACGGUGAAGGAAAAUUGGAGGCCUUGCCACGCAUACAAACUCUUAGAGAGUUUCCUCGGGAGGAGCUUGUUGCAAAAGUUAUUAUGCACAAAGUUAUUGAUUUAAGAUGCAUUUCUUGCAACAUGUCACUGAAGAAGGAAGAUCUGCAGAAAGCAGACAUCCUUCUCCUGGACAAUCUUUCUGAAUAUAAAGAGGAAGUUGCCAACUGUUCAAAGUUUGCUGAACUUUUAUCAUCAGGAGUUGAUAUUCUUGUUAAUGACUCGUUUGGUCAGUCUCAUAAAAUUCUUGCAUCGACAGUCGGUGUUGCUCGUUUCUGCUAUGCCUCAAUGGCUGGUUUUUCCUUUGAAGAAAACCUUCAUCAGCUAAAGAAGAUUGCAAAAACUAAGAAAAAACCAUUUAUUGCAAUUUAUGGAUUUCUAUCUUGCAAUUAUAGGACAAAUAUUUCUAUUGAUUUCUGUUCUUCACUCGUCAGUAACUUGUUGAUGCAGAUUGGAGGGGGCAAUCUCAAAAACAAGGCUGCUGCUUUACAAUUUUUAGCAUCUAUAUGUGAUGCAUUGGUCUUUGUUGGACAAAUGUCCUUUCCGAUAAUGCAUGCUUUAGGACAUAUUAUUCCAAUUAAUCUGGUGGAACGUGUUGCACAUAAAGCAGCUUUAGACAUUGUUCAAUUUUCACAUGAUAAAAAUGUUCUCAUGUCAUGUCCAACAGAUUUUGGUGUAUGA